GAGUUUUGGGUUAAUCAUUCUUAUGAGUCCUGUGGUGUUUUGUACCAUUUGUCCAGCGCUUCAGCAACCAGAUAUUCGGAUUUUAGACAUCAGACUGAAACCCCAGUCCGUCCCUAAACAACUAACUACAUAUGCAUGUCAACAAUUUCAGGUCCUGGAAACAGAGACCUUCCAAGCCGUGGCAUUUGAACCUCUUGUAGGAAACAAAGAUGUUGUUCAUCACAUGCUUCUUUUUGGAUGUGAACGUAGUAUAGGUACAUUUGCCAUUCAUCAAUGCGGUGAUGUAGAUGCUUCGUGUAGGGCUUGGCUUACACAGUAUUCUUUGGGUGUACGAGGUCCUAUCUGUCUGCCAAAAGAUGUCGGGGCUACGUUUGGGAAAAACUCUUUUACAAAGAUGCUUUUGCAAGUCCACUGGAAUAAUAAAAAUAUUUCGGAUAACAUAACAGAUGACAGUGGAUUCCGAAUUUAUUACACGACUCACCUACGGAAACACGAUCUCGGAAAUAUCCAAAUUGGUCAGAAUGAAAUUUCGAUACCACCAUUAUCAGAAACCAUCGUCAGAGGGAGCUGUAGUCACCAGUGUACCCGAAUAUUUCCACAUCCGAUUUAUCUCACAAGAACAUAUAUCCAUAUGCAUUAUCUAGGAAUAAAAGGGAGACUUGAGAUAUACAGAAACGGUAGUUUUCAUACUCUUAUUGCAAAAGAUGAAGAAUACAUCUAUGAUAAAUCUCCGAUCCAUGAUCAUCAUGCGCCCAUAGAAGUUCUACCUAGUGAUGAAAUAAAGUUAACAUGCACUUUCAACACGCGUGAUGGACACAGAAAAAAGGAAGAAACGGUUCAUUUUGGAGAAGGAUCAGAGGCAGAAAUGUGUUAUGCAUUCAUAUCCUAUUUUCCGAGGAUCCAUGGAUUUGACCAGUGUAUUCAAAUGGGCGAUCAGAAUAUAAACUGCUGAAUUAAAG